UGGGUGGAAGUGAUCAUGCUCAAAAGGGACAUAAAGCCAGAAAGUGACAGGCCACGGAAAGUCCGGUUUCGGAUCGCGUCAUCUCACAGCGGGCGGGUGCUGAAAGAGGUGUAUGAGGACGGGCAGCCUUCGGGAUCUCUGGAUUCCGAAUGUGCCAGCAUCUGCGGGAUAGAUGGACUGAGUGAGUCCGACGGACAGCAAAAUGGCCACAUGGGAUCGGAAAGCGAUGAGUGUGAGGACGACCAGGAUAACUUGCUGGCAUUAGCAAGGGCUGCCAGUGAGAAGGGUUUUGGAACAAGAAGAGUCAACAUUUUAAGCAAAAAUGGCACAGUCAGAGGCGUCAAAUACAAAGUGAGUGCCGGCCAAGCUCUUUUUAACAAUUUGGCCAAAGUACUGCAGCAACCAUCAACUGACCUAGAAUUUGACCGCGUAGUGAUUUAUACCACUUGCCUUCGUGUGGUACGGACAACCUUUGAAAGAUGUGAACUGGUUAGAAAGAUCUUCCAAAACCAUCGAGUAAAAUUUGAAGAGAAAAACAUAGCUCUGAAUGGUGACUAUGGAAAGGAGUUAGAUGAGCGAUGCCGACGUGUUUCAGAAGCCCCUUCCCUCCCUGUCGUGUUCAUCGAUGGCCAUUAUCUUGGGGGUGCUGAGAAAAUUUUGUCAAUGAAUGAAUCAGGAGAACUGCAAGACCUCUUAACCAAAAUUGAGAGAGUACAGCAUCCACAUGAGUGCCCCUCCUGUGGAGGCUUUGGCUUUCUUCCGUGCUCCGUCUGCCACGGGAGCAAGAUGUCAGUGUUUCGAAACUGCUUUACAGACUCUUUCAAAGCUCUGAAGUGUACUGUCUGCAACGAGAAUGGUCUUCAGCGCUGUAAGAGCUGUGUUGGUUAGGUGGACCUCCCACCAGGGGAGCACCUUGAUUUAUUAACCAAAGUCAGUUGUAUGGUUUAUA